AUGGGCCCAGUGCUUCGUAAACGAUGCCUCAAGAGGCCGAAAAAACUGACCAGGCGGCGCCUGCGCCCCGAACCGGUAACUGAGACAUCCGCAGGCGCAGGUCAGACAGCCGUCUCAGAUUCUGCAGCUUCUCGGGAGAAAUCUCCAGGAGAAGAAGGACUCGGGGCCGUUGAGGCAUCCCCCCAGAGCAGUUCGCCAAUUGGCAUCGCUGACCCUGCUAUACAGGAGGUGAUUGAGGCGAUUGAAAGUGAUGGAGGCGUGCUGAAGCGAUGUCUGCCAGAUUGGCAUCUUCGCCACAAACCAAAGGUAGGUCGCUUCCGCAAGUUCCUGCGCGCCCACCCUGAUCUGUUUACCAUUACGGACAUACCAGGAGACUGCUUUCUGGUCUCACGCACUGGCCAGCCGCCACCACCAGCCUACGAUCCCAGGUCAUGGAAGCGCGCGCUUCGGCAUGCCUGGCGCAGGUAUCGCCAGCAGACUCCAGAGGAGAGGCACAGCCUCCAGGAUUUUCUCAGACAAGGAGCUGGAACUUGGAGGCUGGCGCGGGGAAGGAGUAUCCAUCGAGUCGUCGUCUCCACAUGUGUGACAGGCAGGGACAGCCGUGAGUCCCAAGUGGCAGCCAAGAGCCAGUACUCAUCGCUGCUCUACGAAUCUGUGACAGCCUGA